AUGGAACAGCUGCAGGAAGUGGAGAAGGAAAAGCAACGCUUGCGUUCGCAGGGUGUUGCUGUGGCAGACGAGUCUGAGGCCUUCUAUUUCUUCACGCAGCAUAGGGCAAAGGCGAGAGCUCAGCAGAGCGUUGAGCGACCCCAAAAUACCGCGCCUUACUGGGAUCCAGGCGAGCAGGUUUUAGGCGGCCAUGGCGAGGAAGUACAGCUAGACUGCGCUCCAGUGCAGCCCCUCGAGCUGCAACUGCAGCGCCUCGCGUUAGACGUGACUUGCGCGAUUCCAGGCACAGAACAGCAACAGCUAUCCCGUGGGUAUCACCCCGAGACUGCUCUCUCCACCCUUCUUGUUGAGUUGCUUCCUGUUGAGGAUAUCGUCAUGGAAGAGAAACUAGUCGAUUUACGCACGGCGAACAGCAGCAGCGGCAGCGCUGCUCGUCCAAAUAUGCAUGAGAGGAAGUCCACUGCUUGCGUUCAUUUUCGAUACGGACCGGAAACGGUUUUCCGCCUCCUCCCGCUCCUGUCGACUCCGUCAAACACCCUCCUUGAAAGCAUGCAGCAGUGUCACCAGGAAGUGAUGGAUGCGGUUGAAGCUCACAGGAAAGUCCAGUGGAAGGCGGGAGAUGACGUUUUCUGUGUCGCACCGAACGAACAUCAGCAGUUGCGUCUCGGCACCACCGGAGUGCUGGAAAGCUCUCCCGCCAAUGAUAGUUCGCAUCUCUACGUCCGUGUUUCAUCGUGGCAUGAAGAGCCCAUUGGCUUCCAGACGGACCUAGAUGACGCAUGCAAAGCGAUCUGCGCAACCAGCUCAGUGAGUUAA